AUGGGGGAUGAGGUGCUCAAGGUGGAGCUGGAUCCCAACACCUACAUACUCCAGGUCGAUGACGACCAGGAGUACGGACGGAAGUUGGUGGAGAGCUUGCUGAAGGCGACAAGUCCUCUGCCAGGUCGCACAAUUGGAGCAGCCACUCAGCAUGCCUAUAGCUACCUGAAUGGUCCCGUCAUGGAGGGCGUGCAUGGCGUACUUUUUCAGCGGAAGUUCUUUGACAGCAGCGUCUUUGACUAUGCCGGCUUCUCCGAAUACUGCAAGCUGCACGACGACUUGUGGCUCUCUGCUCACCUGGCACGGAAGGGUCGGAGGCGAGAGGCUUUGACUUCUCGUUUCGGUGCCAAGCCGCUCAGCUUUGGCUUCCGCUCCGAUGCCCUAUUCCAGGGGGGCGCCGGCACAGACAACCACUGGAACUUCUUUGCUUGCAUGUCCUCACUGAUGGAGAACAUGCCCAGCCUCUGGGAUCCGGAGGACCGCGUGGCCGUGGUGGCGCCGCUGGCUGGAUCGGGGGCUCAGGAUGCUUCGCAGGCACUUCGGCGGCUGCUGCGACGGCUGCAGCGGAAGCCUGGCUUCGGCCCGCAUGCGCUGUACCUGUUUGGAAACAUCGCAGAUGCAGAAUCGCUCCUUCGGAAAAGGCCAGGCAAGACGCCCGAUAUGACCGUGCCCGGUGGUUUUUCCACGACUUUGCCAGGGCCUUCGGGCCUCAGCAUGGAUCUGGUUUUUCAGGGCUGCGGCGUGGACGCUCCAUGCUCCUGGGCCACGACCUUGCGGACGGUGCUGCAAUUCGAAGAGGAUGCUGCCACCGUCAUCGUGUUGUCAGAUGGCAGCGAUGCUAAUAUGGAGGCUGUCGUUGAGGAGCACCAGCGAUGCCUUGGGUCCGAAGCCACGCUCCGCGUCUGCCGGGCAUCGGAUGGCAGCACCUCUUUUCGGCGGAUCGCAGCCUACAGCAGCGAGGAUCCACUUCGGACAGCCGCCUUCAUGCCGUAUUUUAGCAGCCACCAGUGGGUCGCUUCUGAGCGGCCUCCCGCUGAGAAGGGCCCAGACUUCGGAGCGGCAUAUUGGGCUGCAUUCAAGCUCCUCGUGGCGCACGACACUAACAUUGCCACAACUGUUCGUGGGUGGCUCUCCGAGAGACGUCGCAUCGUCGGUGUCCUAUUGGCCUCGGGUCGGUGGCGGCACCGCACCUCGCGGAUCAUGAGCAGUUCCAGCAGGAGCCUUCUGCGGCAGCGGCCACGUCUUGCAAGGCUCUACGUCUUCGUGCAAUCCCGGGGUGCUCGGCGAGGCUGCAGCGUCCCCGGCUACCUGCGCAAUCGGCAGCGGGUCCGCCUGGUCUGCAGCUACGCCCCGACCCAGCUUUGGGAGAUGCUGCUGCAGCGGGAGCUCUGGCCGGCGACCCUGAUCCUGAUGGGUGGAGCUCGCAGGCACGCGCCGAACCUGCUCCCUGACCUGUUGAAGGCCUUUCAUUUGUGGGGAGCCGCGGCUGUGGCCAGUCGGGCUAUCGGAGGACCGGAACCCUGGCCACUGCUGGAUUGGGGCUUCAUCUUCCAAAGGAGCUUUCUGGACUCCCGCGUCUUGGACGUCGCUGCCUGCGCCCGGCAUCCAGAAGUGGUGGUGGCGAACUUCUGCAUGAAGGGCGUGGGUCUGCGGGUUCUGGGCUCCUCCCAAGGAUCGGCCGGGGGCCGAGGGCAGCUGGCACCGUCCUUUGCGAAGUGUCGCGGCUCGCUGCCCUCGGCAGUCGAGCCCUCCUUUGCCUUUCCACCAGAGCGAAGAGUCCUCUUUGUGGUGCUGCCUGUUCAUUUCAUGCUGUCGCAGCUGGACUUAGCAUUGCGACUGGUGGCGCUGCAAACGAGGCUGCCUGACGAUGUGGUGCUGGCAGCCUCCGACGAGGUGCUUGCGAAGAUUACAGAAACCCCGACAACAAGUUUGACUCCUGGACUGGUGGAGCUCGAUGUGAUGGGUGAGCUGGCGGGGAGCAUGUCUCUUCGCAUGCAUGGCCGCCAGCUCAACGUCUCCUUGAAGCAGAUGCUUCCUUCCAUGCUUGGCAAGGCGGGUGUUGUCCUACGGUACCAGCGCCCAAGAGAGCCAGAGACCAGUUACGUCUUGUCGGCGCUUUCCUGUGGCUCCGGCCCGAGCUGUCGGGCCCAGUCGCUGCUUGCACAAGCAUUCGCGCGGGAGUCGGAGCCUGGGACCGGCCUCCACUUCAGCUCAGCCGACCGCCUUGUGAACUACAAGCUCAUGGAAAUCUACGAGGGCUGCAUUGCGCCUUGCGGCGUCAGCUUCGAUCAGAAGAGCUGGUGCGGCUGCGGCCAGAAAUCUCCAAACAAGGACGGGACCCUCUAUGACAUGGCGAUCCGGAGAGCUUCUGGGUAUUUUCUGCAACAGGGCACCUGA